UGAUGAAAUGUGGUUUUCUUUUCGUAAUAUCCCGAUAAUUUGACAUUGAACUUUUGCUUGUUUCGUCGAAUAAGUUGGCCUAAUAUUUUUCUUUAUUGGAAUUAACAGCUUCUCAAGCCUCGUCCGAUAGACUGUCCCAAUUUGGCUCGGCUCGAAAUUAUCUCGAUUUGGAUAUGCAGUUUGACCUGUUUGACCCGAGUGAAGAUAAGUUUAUAAUGUCUGAAGACCAACAUGAAGUGUCUGAAGAAUGCACUAACCAUUCAAACCAUAAAACUUACGAAGAUUACGAUGAAUUGGAACCACUCGAAGAAGAAAGUCACUUUAGUGAUUUCGAUAAAUGUAACGAGCAGAUUCAAAUCGAAAAAGAAUUUGAUAUAUUCGACUUGAGAAUUAUACACAGGAAAAACAGGACAGGUUUUGAAGAAAAUAAGGAUUUCCCUAUAGUUUUAAACAGUGUAAUAGCUGGCCGAUAUCACGUUGAGAAAUUCCUAGGAUCGACUGCUUUCAGCCGAGUUGUUCAGGCGCACGAUCUUUGCACGGGAAUCGAUGUUUGUCUGAAAAUCAUUAACAACAGUAAGGAUUUUUUCGAUCAAAGCUUGGAUGAGAUCAAGCUUCUGAAAUUUGUCAACUACCAUGAUCCUGCAGACGAGCGACAUAUUUUACGCCUUUACGAAUAUUUCUACCAUCAGGAGCAUUUAAUCAUCGUUACCGAGCUUCUGUGUGCAAACCUUUACGAAUUCCAGAAAUACAAUCGAGAAUCCGGUGACAAGCAGUAUUUUACUCUCCGAAAUCUGCAGAUCAUAACCCGACAGAUUUUAGAGGCGUUAGCAUAUUUGCACGACUUGGGAAUUAUACAUUGUGAUCUGAAACCGGAAAAUAUACUGAUCAAAAGCUACAAAACGUGCGAGAUUAAGGUUAUUGAUUUCGGCAGUAGUUGCUUCGAGACAGAUGAGUUGUCUUUGUACGUACAAUCUCGUUCGUAUCGAGCUCCGGAAGUCAUUAUAAGCCUCCCUUACGACCACAAGAUUGACUUGUGGUCGGUUGGAUGCAUUUUGACCGAACUUUAUUCUGGCGAGGUGCUUUUUCCGAACGAGCCAGUUGGAAUGCUUCUUGCACGAAUGAUUGGGAUAUUUGGUCCUAUCGACACGAAUAUGCUGCGAAAUGGUCGAGACACGCACAAGUAUUUUACGAAAGAAUACGAUCUGUACCAAAUAAACGAAGUAAGUCUCUGUACAUUUAUUUGGUCACACGAGCAAUCUAGUUCGAUGAAAUCAUAAAUUUACGAAUUGUUUNACUUUUUAACACAUUUGCUCGAGAUUAAUCCAACGAGACGACCCACCGCAAGAGAGGCAUUGGAUCACCCUUGGUUUUCCUGCUCAUAUGAUU